UGCCCUGACCCUUCUUUCUCUCUGCCAUUAUAGCCCACGCUCCAAAUCACUUGGUUGACUUUCAGCACCAGAAACAUGUCAGGUAAUGGUAGGAGGCAACACCAGAGGUGCCUGCUUCUGACCUCUGGGGUGAAAGGACAGUUUAAAAAAGGAAAAGCGUUCCUAUACAGAAGAGCAUGAAAGCAUAUAUCUGAAUCAUUGAGCUAGUAGAUCCUGCAACAGCCAACGUGAGGCGUCCCUGAGACUUCAGGUUUACAGGACUGACUGAUUAUGUUUCUGUUUCGGUAUAGAGACCUCUUGCUGACUGCUGCAGGGCACAAGAUGGCAGGCGGUGCAAUUGGCAGUCCACUUGUGUCUAUUGCAGGGUCCCUGUUUACAGCCGAUGAUGUAUAACAGACCAGCUUAUACAGAAGAGGAAGAUCAAGGGAAGGAGUUUUUAGCGGCAAGAACGUGAAAUUUGGGGCGUUUCUAUCAUUGGAUCUGCCAGUGGUCAUUCUCUCUCUCUCUGACCUUGGGCAUGUCACUGACCUCUCUGUUCUUCAGUUCAUCCAUCCUUAAAGCAGAUGUCCUAACCUACAGAGCCUCGUGGGCCCCUGAGCCUGAAAUGGGUAUUUGUAAAACAAUGAAAUAUCUUUGAAUGAAAGGAGCUGUGCAAAUGCAAACAAUUAUAUCAAGAACUCUUUAUUCAGAUGUGCCAGAAAUCGGGGCAAAUACAGAGCUUGGUCGUUUCUAGCUCAGGUUGAGACGCGAUCCUGGCCUGCCUUUGAUGGCCAUGAAUGCGCUCGGGGGCCAGGGCAGGCAGUCACCGGAAGAGAGCAAAAGAGAUUGAGUCAACCUUGGGCAUUUUGGGGAAAUGCCGCAAAGGCCAGAGACUGCCUGACUGCAGGUGCCUCGAAUGUAUUAACCUCAGCAGAUUGUGCUCCGCCACAUUCAGCUGCUCAAACAUUAGCACCCAGCCCAGUUUGUGACUACAAACCAGUUACGUCGUGACCAGAGGGACGGAUUUAACUGAGCUGCUUUGCCUGUGCCCAUCAGCACUGAAGGCAACACCGUUGAACCUUAAACAGAAAUCAGGUGAUGUGGCAGAUUCACAAUCUCUGUUUCUGCAGUCUUGGUAAUGAGUCUGGGGAUCACUGUGACAAGUGGGAAGUGCCCAACCUUGAAGCCAGCUUGAAUGCUGUGUGUGUACUUGGUAAACCCUGCCAGUGGAUGAGAGAUUUGCUUUCUUCAUGCUUGCAGCUUGGCAGCAGGACCAGCCCUGUCAGUCACUAGCAGCGCCCUGCCCCCCCAAGUUCCCUCAGUGUUCCCUGCCUCCCCAGUGCUCCUGCACCCUUCCCUGAUGCCAGGUUUUUCAGCAGGAAACUCCAGACUUCACAUUUUGACCAAGAUCUGGCUUUGUGUGUGUCUACUUCCCUGCCAUGUCCCCGCUGCAUUGGCCUUUUGGGGAGAUUGUCACCUUAGCUCUGUUUCCCCUCCUGAGGCACUGGCAGUAGCUAGUGCCCUUGCAGAUUUCUGAGAGGGAGCUCUAGACCAAGAAAAGCCAGAGACCAAAAGAUGGGUCUGUGUCUCCUGCUUCCCCCAACUUAUUCCAUGUUUUACUGGGGAGCUCAGCCAACUCCCUGGGCAGAGUGCAGCUUCCCUCAUAGCCCAGUCUGGGCAGGAUAACCUGAGCCGCCCCUUCUUUGUGCGAGGAGCGAAGCCAGAAGGGCAGUGCACCAGAUGGAGACUUGUGCUGGAGGUACUGCAUCCCACUCCAGCAGCCAUGCAUCUGACUGCAGUGCUUAGCUGCCUCCUUCCUCUGUGCUUCUCCAUGAGUCGUGGAUGGAGGGCCCUGAACACAGCACUAAUUCUGCCAACGCCAGAGAGUGUGGUAAGGGGUCUUCAAGGUCAGCUCCCUCCCUUUCUGUAACAGUACCGCCCCCAUAUUCCUGGCUGAGAUCUCCUGGGGAACACAGGCCUAUCUGAUCCAUGUGGAUCCUAUGCUGUAGAGAGGGGUAGAGCUUUUGGGGAGCCCAUCCCUGAGUCCCAGGCCAGAACCUUCCUGGAGAAAGCCAGAACUGUUCCCCAUGCAGGAAGGGAGACACUAAGCCCUGCCUCUUUGAGGGCAGAGAGGCACUAGUCACUUGAACAAUGUUUGGAGAAAUAUCUAUGCCCAGUCUUUCUCCCUACCUCUGAAGCAGGAUCCUAGGGGCAGAUUCCCAAAGGGAAAAUAUAUCACCACUGGUUCCCCUGCUCACCUACAGAGAGUGCUACAUGGCAGAUCCAUGCGGGGAAAACCAGGCUACAGGCAUGUGCUGGUUUCUUUGGUUAUGUGCAUGUGUACACACAAAAGGGAAUUCUUCCUCUUUAUGGGAGAGAGGCCGGCUGUCUGGAUCAGAAUUAGGGAAUCUAACAAUAAUAUUGGAUAAUUUGUAAGGAUUGACUCUUACAGGCAGAGUACUGUGAAACUGCGGAGGUCUGCAGCUGCUGUAGACAAGGAGUAGAUGUAUAUCCCGCUCCUCAUGCUCCUUUAGAACAGUGGUUCUCAACCAGGAGUCAGGAGCCCCGGGGGGGUGGCCGCGAGCAAGUUUCAGGGGGUCCGCCAAGCAGGGCCGGCGUUAGACUUGCUGGGGCUCAGGGCAGAAAGCCAAAGCCCCAUCGCAAGGGGCUGAAGCCCAGGGCCCAGAACCCUGCCACCUGCGGCUGAAACCAACGCCUGAGCAGUGUAGCUUUGAGGGGCCCCUGUGGCAUAAGGCCCCAGGCAAUUGCCCUGCUUGCUACCCCCCAAUGCCAGCCCUGGCUUUUGUAUACAGAAAACUAGUUACUGUGAGAUAGGUGGGCUGUGGAGUUUUUAUAGCAUGUGCGGGGUGAGUGGCGGAGGGGAGUGCUCAGAAAGAAAAAGCUUGAGAACUCCUGCUUUAGAAGACGUAAGAAGGGGCUGGGGGGUUCCUACCACAUCUAAAUAAUGGGAGUAUUGGGUUGUCAUCUCCAGCUGCUGCUGCAGGUCUCCACAUCCUAAUGUCCAGGUCACUGUUCCUGGCUUCUGUUGCAGGUUCUGUUUUAUAUGGGUUCUUAUGCCAUGUUGAUCAUCGUAGCUUGACAUGCAUCAGUACUGCUAUCUCCAGCUCCUGCUCUCUGUAGCUGGCUAUGGAGUGAGAAGGGGGACAACAGCCCAGGCUGGAAGAACAAGCAGGCAUCCACCAUUUUUCUUUCUAGCCCCCUGCCCUCCAUGUUAUAAGGCUGGAAGGUUCUUCAGCUUGCAGCCAGUCAAAUUCAGCCCGGUGUCGCUAACGAAGAUAACGAUGGCUCUUGUCCUUACUGGUCAAGGACACUCAGCAUUUCUCCCUGGGGGAGAUUUUUACAUGAAAAAGUGACUGCCUCACCAUGCAGGCCCUUCACAGGCACCCCGGUGCAGGCAAGCGUUACCUCAGCCCUAGUUCCUGGGGGCCUCGAAGCUUGCAGGUGGUCUCAGACUAAACCCCCCCCCACCCCUCCAACCACCGCCAAAAAAAUAAGUAUGAAGUGUUAUCUGAGAGCGUAAGUGCCUCUGCCUGCUCUGGCAAGCAAUGCCAACGUGAGUGAGCAGCAUUGCAAGGGCGGUCCCUCUCGACCUGCCAGUCCCACAGCAUAGAAAUCAGUAUGACAAGGGCACAUGGGGCUUUGGGCAAAUCACUUCCCAGCUCUUACUCAUACAAUGGGAAACUUUUUGCAAAGCUGAGGCCGUUCAGAGUCAUCGGAAAAGUUGACUGACUAUCCUGGCUCCUGAUAGAUGCUAUAGCAAGGAACCGGGUCACAUGGUAAGUUGAAGCAGUCCCCGGAUUAUGGGCACAAAUGGGACACUGCAGAGGCUGUACUCUGUGAAGUUGCAAGAAUCCCAGGAACAGUUUUGUUCCAUUCCCAAUCUCAAGCAACCCACGGAAAUGCAAGAAUGUGACUGAAAACCAUCCACCAUCUACUUCAGAUUGGGGCAAUAAAACUAAUUUCCCCUCCUGUUUCUAGGCUCAGAGAGUUUGGAAUAAACAGAGCAUAGUUCCAGUGGGAGGUUUAUCUUUGCAUUCCCGUCUUACCAUCUCUCAGAUAAUUGUUCCACUCUGCCACAGGAUAGCAAAUUCCCCUCCUCCCCCAACAUGGUUAAACACUAUUUGAUCUGACAAGUGCUCCCAGGGUCUCUUUCAGAAUCAUGGUAUAUUAAUACUGGUUUUGAGGAAGAAAGAAAUGUACUUUAUUUUCCAAGACAAUUUUUUCUGAUCAUGGCACUGUACAAAGAGAAAGCUGAAACAUAGCAAUACAGUUUCUGGAAUAUGAAGGGUUACAUUCUUGUUCUGAUUGUGACAGUCAACACAUCUGAUGGGGUUUUUAUGAAUAAACUGAGAAGAAUGUGAUCCGCCCUAUCCCAGAGUGAAAUAACGAUUCCUGAUCUAGGUGGCGUAAGCUUCCUAUCUCUGCAUUGCCCCUCAAGAGGGAGGCGAAAACCAAGACUGAAAUGGCAGAAAUUAGAAUAAGCAGAAUGGAACCUGCCCUCUGAUGCAUCCAGUCAUUCAAAGUCAACUUGAGGGGCUGGUGAUUGACCUGUUGGCAAAUGGAAACAGCAAAGUGCCCCCUGUGGUCUUUCCGUGCGUCAGGACCUGGGAGGUGGUGAAUGACCUCCUGCAAAGUUGGGCAGAGUAUCUGCUCUGUGCCUUUUCCACUGGUCCCUAGGAUUGUACAAAUGAUCAAAAGCAGAGAAUAGCAGUGAAGCUGUUGAAGAGGUUAUGGCUCUCUGGUCUGUGGGCCUUUGGCUGUUUCUGGCUCAUUGUUUGCUAUUACCAAAACCAGGAGGAGACAGAUUCGAAGUGGGUACUUGGAUGAAGUGAUUUAAAAUGCUCAUGGACCAUCAAACAAGUUGAAAAGUAGAAUUUAUUCUGCUUGCUGCGCAAAGUGCAUAGCUUAACUAGCACGUAACUCCAAUGAAGCUUAGCCAGGAGGGCGUUGUUGUGGGUAUAGGACUGCCAAGCCCCAAAGUCACCUCUCAGGAGUAUAAUGUUCAAGAAAAGGACGUUUUGUAUGAAUCCUGACAUUAAAUAUUUCAUGAGGGUAACAACCCACAGGACCAUAAAGCACAGCCGUGGAACCUCACACUGCUCCUUAUGGCAUUACCCAGGUUGAACCCCUGCAGGAAUUGUCUUGGUUUAUUAUUUGAGUAGACCUCCUGACAGCUACUGUCUCCAACCAGAGAAGUUUUUGAAGUUGGGAGCUUUCUUUGAUGAGACCCAGUAUUGUGCUUCUAAUUCAGACACAUAGUUCUGAACUCUCAAGGCAUUGAUUCCCAGAGUAAGUUCAGACAUUUUUUUUUUCCUGUUAAGCAUCAAAAUACAGUCCUUAGGGGCACUGACAGUCUUUGGGUAGAGAAGUCUUGUCUAGUGUAUUAAGAUCCUUUAGGUGGGCAUCAAAACAUGUAUUCACCAUAACGCUAAAUAUGGGUAUUCCAGUCUUUAUCCGGUGCCUUUUUUGGAGGGCUGGGGGUAGGGAGCAGAAAUCUUCUCCACACCUUAAUGCCCAGGGGAAUAUGGAGGAUAUAUAAUGUACCUGCUUUGGGAUGUUCAUCUUUAAAGGAUGAUCCUGCUUUCAACCCUGGAGGCAAACUGCUGUGAAGAUCCCUGUGUAAGGGAUCUGUGGACCUUGGCACAAGGAAAAACAGGACAAUUCAUCUGUCCUGACCUGAAAACUUCCUUUCUGUGAGUAAUCAGGUCCACAGAUCAGGCCCACCCUGGGACAAAUGGAUCAACCAAAGCAGAGAAAGAAACUGACAUACAAAGAUUCAGGAUUGUCUCAGGGGGAAUUCUCCAUGCUCUGCAAUAAGAGAAAUUGUUGUGCUUUUUCCUGAAGGCAUGUUUAACACAGUCUGUGGUUCAGGACAGUAGAAUUGAAUUCUCCUGGCUUUGGAAGCUCUCUCAACUGGAGGGAAUGUCAGAAGGUAGGGCAUUCCCCUGCUUGCCAGUGACUGACAGAUCUGGUUCUGCUCCACGCUGUACGCAGGCUGAAGUACCUAUUGUAACAGAUCUGCAGACUUCAUUACUUGAAUACAAGAAAUUUUCAGUUCGCCAGUUCCUUCAGCGUGGCAUCAGCCCCAAUUUGUACAAUGAAGAUGGCCUCACUGCAUUGCACCAGUGCUGCAUCGACGACUUCGGGGACGUGGUCGCACUGCUGCUGGAGGCCGGCGCGGAUGUCAAUGCCUGUGACAGUGAGCUCUGGACGCCGCUGCACGCCGCCGCCACCUGCGGGCACCUGCACCUGGUGGAGCUGCUGAUUAACCAUGGUGCCAAUCUCCUGGCAGUUAACGCAGAUGGGAACAUGCCGUAUGACCUCUGCGAAGACGAGGUGACACUGGACUACAUUGAAACGGCCAUGGCAGAUCAGGGAAUAACUCAGGAGAAGAUUGAGGAGGCCCGAGCCGCCACCGAGCACAGCAUGGUGGAAGAUAUCCGGAAGCUGCUUCAGGCAGGUGCCGAUCUGAACACUCCACUUGACCAUAGUGCCACUCUGCUGCACAUUGCCUCAGCAAAUGGCUACCUGGAAGCUGCCGAGCUGCUGCUGGAACACAAGGCCAGCAUGAGCGCGAAGGACAAUGAUGGGUGGGAGCCUCUUCACGCCGCCGCCUGCUGGGGGCAGAUCCAUCUGGUGGAGCUGCUGGUGGCCCAUGGAGCUGAUCUCAAUGGCAAGUCUGUGCUGGACGAGACGCCCUUGGACGUGUGUGGUGAUGAGGAGGUCCGGGCCAAGCUGCUGGAGCUGAAGCACAAGCAUGAUGCCAUCAUGAAGUCUCACGACAAGCACAAGUCGCUGCUGCAGCGACGCACCUCCAGUGCUGGCAGCCGAGGGAAGGUGGUGCGGCGGGUCAGCGUGACGGAGCGCACCAACCUCUAUCGCAAGGAGCACGAGAAAGAGGCCAUCGUCUGGCAGCAGGUGGAGCACCGGGAGAACGAGGCCGAGCUUGAGGACGAGGACAAGCAGACGGACGCUGAGCUCCAGCAGCACCGUCCUCAGGGCGCCGAAGCAGAAGUGGCAGGUCCAGGGGCCUUGGUGGGAGACAAGCAUCAGAAUCCGGGGCUGACCCAGAGAAAUGGAACUGCGGGCUCCUCUGCCCCCAGACCCCCCAAACACCUCUACUCCAAGAGGCUGGACCGCAGCGUCUCCUACCAGCUGGCCACCCAAGAGGAGCUGUCGGCCGACCUGUGCAAGGAGAAGUCCCACCACACGCUAGCGGACCUCAAACGCCAGCGGGCAGCCGCCAAGCUCCAGCGACACCACCCAGAGGACUAUCCUCCCACCGAGGGUGAGGGCCCCCUCUCACCUGGCCUCGCUGAGACCAUGCACGGCAGCGGUUACCCCCGCUCGGACUUGGAGCAGAAUUCCGUGUACUGCACGGCAGCCAGUGGUGAUCCGCCUCUCCUGAAGCUGACGGCCCCAGCCGAGGAGACCCCUGCUGAGAAGAAGCGAUGCUGUAAGCUGAUGUGAGGUGCUGACAAGAGAAGAUGUUCAUGGGGCAUGUCCCCUCCCUGGCAUUGAUGGAUGACACUAAUGUCCCAUGGGGCUGCCUCUGGAACCCUGCAGCAGGACGGGUUCUGGGAGGUGGUUUAUCUUCCAGGGACUCAUCCAUCUUCCAGACCCAGACACCAAUCAAAGAGGCCGGGCUCCAAGUGCCCAUUGAGGGCUGCAUGGGCAGCAGGCUGGGAGCCAGAGGGCUGCACAAAUGGGAGCAGAAUGCAGUGACCUUCGUUGUCAGUACAAAGAUGUGUCCUGGAGCAUCUACAGCUCCCAGCAUGCAAUUUGCCAGCCCCUGCUUGUGUCAACACAUAGAGCAUUGCAUGCUGGGACAUGUAGUCGCAGAGGGCUGCAUCUCUGUUGGACAUGGUGGCGUUGAAUGUUGUGUAAGACAUGCUGGGCCGCGUUUGGUCAGCUGGAGGGACCCUCCCAGCGCAGCUGUUUGUCUGGAGUCUGUGUGUGGUUUCUAGGAAGGAGUGGAAAGCCUGUGGGAGCCCUCGAAGCAUGGGGUACCAUGCAUACAGCACUGGGGGGGCGAGGGGACGUCCCCAUGCCUGCCUGACACUAAGGCAAAUGGCAAUGAAGUGAGAACGGUUCUCUUGAUACAGAGUUGUAGCCCAGUAGUCCCCUCCUAGGCCUGGGCUGCACACAAGCUGUCCUGGGUUAACUAACAUGCAUUUCAGACAAGCUGGAAAGCCGUGUAGGUCCCCGGGCACGCCCGUUCGUGGUGGUUUACAACUGGCUUAUAUCCCACUCGCUGGCUUGGAGUCACUAAAGGCAGUGCCGGACUGCACUCGGCUGUGCGCUGGGGCAGGGCCAUCAGCUGUCAUUCCCAUCUUUUCUUCCAGCAGGGUUAAACUGACUCUGAAUUCAGCACGGCCCCACACAGCCUUGCACCGAAACAGCCAAAGGUGCUGGCGGACGCUGAGUUCACCACUUCGGUGCCAGUCUGAGUGUGGGUCCACCCCAAACAACAGGGACAGAAGCUCGUUGUAAACCAGGAUGUGUCCACAUUGCACUGUGGGUUCAACUACAUUAAUCUGAACUCCUGUGCCCUGUAUGGUGCGCCAUGCCAUGGUGCCCUGUGCCCUCCCCCCCAGAGGACACCUGGUGUGAGCUGUGUGCCCAGACCCUUGUGAGCUCCUGCCCUCAGCAAUAAAAUCACUUCAGCAAAGCACCUCACCCCAGGACCAACCACAGCCCAUGGAUGGGUCUGUGCACCUGUUGUGCUGACAGCUCUCCCACUGAAACAUGGCCUGCGAGUGGGACGGGGGAGCUGGUUUCUGGCCCCUCAGUCCAUCUGCCGUGGGGAGCUGUGGGGGGGCUGAUUAAUCAGUAAUGAUCUCUAGCCGCACCUGGGGCCUCGGAGCAGUGUCCUAAAUGGGAGCAGCCUUGGAUAGCAUCUCUCUGCUCCCCAUUGCUUACGCGGGGCUCGAACAGGGCAUGCCGAUGGCACCCUUCUCAUCUCCUGUUCUCUGCAGAGAGGCCGGCCCACCGUGUGUCCCCUCCCUGCGCAGGUCAGACAUGGGUUUUUUUUAUCCUCCCGCUGCAUGAGGCUCCGAGGAGCCUUGUGUUGAGCCCCGCACCUCCACCCAAGGGCAGCAUUGGCAGCUUCUCAGGUGUCUGAGGGCUACCCCAGCUUCACGCCCUUGUUACCCUCAGGAGUCCAGUCCCAGUGUGCCAAGUCCCAUGUGAGCUCAGCAAAAGCCCCUUUGGCCUACUGUGGAGGAUGGCUUGCCGGAACCGGGAGGGCUGUCCCUCUGUGUUGAUGAUUGGGGGCUGUGGCAGACUUCUGCUGAGCAUUGGGCCUCAGGCUCCAUCUUCUCAGCCUGCCAAGUGUUGCUGAGGCACUGGUCUGUACAGUUAGAACUUCAGGAGGCAGGUGGAGUGGAAGUGGAAGAGCUUCAGCUAGAAACAUUCUCGCCUUUCAGCCGCAAUAAGGAAUACGCUGCUCCCUGGGAUCCAGCCGGCUGGAGCGGGACGUCCCUCUGGUGGGUGGCUCUCGUGGUUUGCAAUAGCUCAACCCCUAGAUGGGAUUGUCACCCACUCACUUAUUUCUCUCUGCGCCAUUGCAUCCAGCCAUGGCUGUUCAGACCCACGCGCUAGGCCUGCUGUCCCUCUGUUCUUCACCACCCCUCAGGGCCUGAGAAGCAUCAGCCAGCCCCAUCUCACCAGCCCAAGAUCAGUCCUUGCACGAGUGCCUGAGCAGCAGAACCGAGCGCUGCUCACUGGCUGGGGGAAAUCAGGUGACCUUCAACCCCACCUGUGAAUCCUCUGGGGAACCCCCUUAAGCUCUGACCCUCCAGCUUGAAGAGCGCAGCUCUAGGCUGAACUUGUAUUGACCUUGGGGCCAGUGAAUCUUCCCUUCCACGAUGGUUCUGCUCUGAGAGCCUCCUGCCUGCCUUGGGAGAUACAACUGCCGGGAGCUCUGGGCCUUGUGCUCGCCAGCGAGGGCGGCUGCUGUAAAAUCCCCUGGCAGGACUGGACUCUCCAUGGUGCGUUUGUGCAGCACACUGCACACGUUUUAUAUGGAGCACUCUCCUUUGGAUCACAGUAUUUCCACGGAAUCCUGUAGCGUUGGUUCCAGCCCCAUCGAGCCGCAGGCUGCCGGCCGCUGGGGUGGGAGGCACUGAUUUUAUACUUUGACACAAUCUUUCUUGCUCUCACCAAGUUUUGAUUUGUAGCUCCUGUUGUCUCUUUAUUUCCUUUCCACAAUAAACCAGCAUUGGACAGUGAA